UUGGCAUUAAAAACAUAAAAUCGUUCCAAAAAUUUAAAAUUUCCAGUACCUUUUUCACAAGUUUCUUUAUAGUUAUCUAGAAGCUGCAAAGUACAACUUAAAAAUGAACAAAAUACUCCGGUGGUUUGCCUGCUUCAGCACUAAACGGACCAAAUUUUUGAAGAAAUCUCAACCGAAGGAGAAGAAAUCCUGCUUACAGCUGAACGACUUGAAACUCCCGCAGUCAAAAUCCGUUUUCUACGAUGUUCAGGAAACCAUCCUGAAGGCCGAGAUCUACAAAAGCAACGACUAUGAGGAUAUAUCAAGUGAAGAAGUGUCCAUCACUUCCGAUGUUCAAACUACUAGUUUGCUGUCCCGGGUAACAUCUGGAAUGUCACCGGUUCGGGAUUUACCUCAAAAAAGAAUUAAACUUAAACCACUCCUGGAAACUGUUGAACAUUAUCAGUUCAAAGAAAAUGAACUCUUGAAACCCCGGGGGUACCAUUGUGUCCAAAAUCGGCCCAGAAUUUGUCUCUGUACCUGUGUAAGGAAAACAACAAUGCCAGCUUGUGAUAUGAGUCAGUACCAAAGGCUGCCCUGGGAUGCUUCCUGGGUUUUCACCGAAGAAGAUAGCAAAGAACGGUUAAAAGCAAUCCACAAUUCCGAACUGAGGUUGAAGGAAAUUUUAGGGUUAAGCUAGGCUGAUACUAAUUUCAAUGAUUGUAUAGUCGUUUAACUGCAAAAAGUCAACCUCCAAAAGAAAUAACUCAGAUUUAUCAAAAAUCUAGCCAAAUAUUACUGUUAAGAAUUAUCUGCUUACUAACAUAUUAUAAAUCUAUUUAAUCUUUUCUAUCUUUUAUAUAAUCAUUUUUAAAUUAUUCUUUCUAAAGCAGAAUUUAAAAGAAGAGAAAAUGAAUUUCAGUAUUUAUGCGUCAAAAAUUCGAAUCAAAAUGAAAUUCG